GGAAAGAUUUUGGGUUCAAGUCCAAGACAGAGGAUUAUAGAAAUUAGUCGUUCAAAAAAAAACCAUAUUGAUCAUAUUGUACUACAAAUUAUUAAAUAUGUUUCUUAAAGCAUGUGAAAUCAAGUUUUCUUAUUAACUUUUUGAAUGAGUAAUGCUGACUUCUAUAAUUUUUUAUACGAGUAAACAUGACAAAUUCAAUAGAAAUGUUGAUUUAGUAAAUACUUGGGUCCACCUUUGUUUCCAGGAAGAAGACUCAUUUUUUCAUUUGACUAUAAUCCUUUUAUAUCAUCAUCCAUCUAUGUUCAUCCGUGUUAAUUGCUACUUUUUUUUAAUUCUUCCAUAAUUAUGUUCUUCGAAACUGGGGAUGGCAAAGAGUGAACCAUUUGCCUCCUCCGUACAAUCUGCACAACCAUGUUGUCACUUCGAAUUUCCUGAAAUUUUGUUAGCAACAGAAAACUUCGAUGAAUCAUUAGUAAUUGGAAGUGGAGGUUUUGGGAAAGUUUACAAAGGUAACUUAAUCUAUGGAUCAAGUCUUUUCGUUGCUGCCAUUAAACGUUUGGAUUCAAUGUCCAAUCAAGGGGCAGCGGAGUUCUGGGCGGAAGUUGAAAUGCUUUCUAGGCUACGCCAUUGUAAUCUUGUGUCUUUGAUUGGUUAUUGUAAUUAUGAAAAAGAGAUGAUACUUGUGUAUGAAUAUAUGCACAAUGGAACACUUGAUGAUCAUCUACAUAAACUUCGCACCCCUCUUUCCUGGCUUCAACGGCUCAACAUCUGCAUAGGUGCCAGUCGUGGGUUACACUACUUGCACACCGGUACAGGGAUUACAUCUGGUGUUAUACAUCGCGAUGUCAAGAGCUCUAAUAUUUUAUUACAUGAAAGUUGGGCUGCUAAAAUUUCGGACUUUGGGUUGUCAAAAAUUGGCCCAACGAAUCAACCAUCCACUUAUGUCAACACACUUAUUAAAGGCACUUUUGGGUACUUGGAUCCCAAUUACUUCACAACUGGAAAGCUUACAAGGAAGUCUGAUGUGUACGCUUUUGGGGUGGUUUUGCUGGAAGUGUUGUGUAGGAAGCGUGCAGUGGACAGAAGUCUAGAUGAGGAGGAAUGGGGUUUAGUGACAUGGGUUCAAGAUUCUAUCAAAGAUGGGAACUUAAAGCGUAUAAUCGAUUUGGAUGUAAGGGAUGAAAUAUCGCCAAAAUGUUUGAAGGAAUUUGUUAGUAUUGCAGAAAGGUGUUUACACAACAGUCCAAGACAACGACCUACCAUGGCUGAGGUUGUGGUCGGUCUUGAGUCUGUACUAGUUUUACAAGAGAAAUUCAAUAAAUCACUACAAGCUACAAGUAGAACAAUAUUGAGUAGAAUGGCUAAUGUGCUUCCUUUCAUCUCCAAUGGAGAAAAUUCUGGUAUUUUCUUGCUCCUCUUGAAUUGUGUAGAUAUAUUCUUUAUAUUUUUGUGUACCACUCUUUUCAUAUCAAUAAAAACAUAUAUAUACCAUAUGAUGCGUCGUAAGCAAAAGAUUAUUGAUGUUCAUUCAUGGACCUUUGAGUUUGUUUUAUGUUUUCUAAAUUCUUACAACUUAAGGGUUGCUCCUCAAUGUAUGACAUAUAAUAAUGACUGGAACUCUGAAGUUCAUCCGCAAUGA